GUGUGGAUAGGCUUCCUCGAUGAACGAUACGUUUAAUGCCUAUAGCGGCCCGGUCUAACUUGCAAAAAAACAUCAAAAGUCAAGGACACGAUCUGCGACAAUUGUUGUACUUGUUGCAAGCGGCCAGCGAUUGCAACCCCACGGUUUCGCUGGGCAGAUGACAUAGUGGUAUUUCAUGAGCCUGAUCUACUUCCUUUAAAGAUGAUUAACAGGCAUGGCACCGCCCUGUUGGGUAUAGGACUACUAGUCAUCUUCGGCCCUUGCGCGGGUAGUAGUGAGCCGUCUCCUGCGACCUCGGAGAUCUUAGAGUCCAUCAGGUCACAAGCCUUGUUCUUUGAGGACUUCAACGACGACGGCUGGCAGUCCAGAUGGAAGCACUCUAGCGACCCCAAGUAUAAUGGGAGGUUCAUUACCGCAGCGGCGAAGAACUGGACCGGCAAGGGGCUAAAGAUCCCGGACAGUAGCCGCUACUACGGCCUCACCGCACUGCUCCCCUCUCCCAUCGACCCGGUCGUACGACAAGGCGGCAGCAGCGGCCCCUCCGAAACCCCGCUGCCGCUGGUGGUGCAGUACGAGGUGCGGUACGACAGCGGCGUCACGUGCGGCGGCUCCUACCUGAAGCUCCUGUCCGCUGACUCGGCUCUGGAGCCGCAGGGGCUGCGGGAGAGCACCCCCUACUCCAUCAUGUUUGGACCCGACAAAUGCGGGGGACCCGGCAAGAUCCACCUCAUCCUGCGCCACCGCCACGCCCUCACCGGCACCGUCACCGAGAAGCACCUGUCGGCGGCCCCGCUGCCCGAGUCCAGUGACAUCUACACGCACGUGUACACGCUGAGGAUAGGCCCCGACCACCGCUACGAGAUCCUGGUGGACGGCUCCUCCCGCUCCUCCGGCAGCCUGCUGGAGGAGGGGGUGCUGGCGCCGCCGCUGCUGCCGCCGCGGGAGGUGCCCGACCCGGACGACAUCAAGCCGGCAGACUGGGUGGAGCAGGCGACCAUUCCCGACCCUGACGCCGUGAAGCCGGAGGGCUGGGACGAGCGCGAGCAGAUCGAGGACGAGGACGCGGUCAAGCCCAAGGGCUGGCGGGAGGAUGAACCGGAGAUGAUUGACGAUCCUGCCGCCAAGAAACCCGCCGACUGGGAUGAUGAGGAGGAUGGCGCCUGGGAGCCCCCGCAGCUACCCAACCCGCGCUGCAAGGUGGGCUGCGGGCCCUGGCGCCGCCCCCUGAAGCCCAACCCCGCCUUCAAGGGAGCCUGGAAGCCGCCGCACAUCCCCAACCCCAAGUACAAGGGUCCCUGGGUUCAGAAGCGCAUCCCCAACCCCGACUUCUACACCGACCCCGAGCCGCUUCGCUCCGGCGUGGCACCCAUCGGGGGAGUGGCUCUGGAGCUGUGGACGGUGGACUCGGGCUACAUGUUCGACAAUAUCCUGCUCACCCGCGACCCGGCGGUGGCGGAGGCGGCGCGGAGGGGGCUGUGGCAGCCGCGUCAUGAGGCGGAGGUUGCUGCGUUCGAGGCUCAGGUGAAGGCCAACGAGGAUGCCGAGCGGCGGCGUCAGAAGACGGAGGCGGAGGAGAGGCGCAAGAAGAGGGCGCAAGCCGGCGCGCAGGGCCGUGUGGCUGAGGCGUUUGAGCAGCUCACGGAGAGGGUGCUGGGGCUGUUCGAGGCGGGCGGCCUGCUGUCCCCGCUGGCUCCCUCCCUGGCGCCGCUGUUGGAGUGGCUGCGGGGCAAUCCGCAGGGGUCGGGGGUGCUGCUGGGAGGUCUGCCGCUGCUGGUGCUGCUGCCGCUGCUGCUGCGCACCGCGUUCGGGGGAGGGAAGAAGAAGGGGAAUGCCUCGCCCGUGGUUGCGGCGACGGAGGCUGACAGGGCGGACGGGAGCGAGGACGAGGACGAGGAGCCUGCGGGUGGAGAGGGAGCGCAGCAGGGGGAGCAGGAGAGCCCGGAGGCCGCUGCUGCUGGUGGUGGUGAUGGGGACAGCGGGGAUGCAGCUGCGGCUGCGGAGGAGGAGCGAAAGGAGGGGACAAAGGAGGAGAUUGCGGCGGAUGCGGAGGAGGAGGAAGAGGAGGAGCCGGCAGCCAAGGGGCCGCGUCGUCGCACCCCUCGCGUUGCGUGAGGUCGUCACCAGUGUGUUAUGUGAAAACUGGCCGCGAGUCGGAACCAGUGUGUGCGGUCGGCGGCCACGGGUACCGGAGCAUACGGUGCUAAGGCCCUUAAAAGCACGGUGGUUGUGGCAAGUGUGUGUUAUGCGAGGGCUUGCGAGGGCUUGAGUGUGGUGGGAUUUGAGCCCUUCUUUGAGCGUGGUGGGAUUCAUUGCGUCCGUGAUUCACGCGUGAUAACGGGAUGUCUCCUUGACACUUAUCCCUGACGCGGGAGUAUUACCUAGCAGGAGAUCCCAGCCCAACAUGGACCGGCUAACGCAUACCAGUAGAAACCGCAUUGCAAGAUUUACAACCAUCAACUCCUACAGAAUGCCCAUUUUGUAUAUCUGUUGCUGCAGUUGCAGCGCAAACACACAUAUCGAAAACAUUGGGCGGAUGCUGAAUUGCAUUGCCGCCCCUCCUGCAACAGCCUCCUGCUUCCUGCUUUA